GUUGACGUCGAGUUAGGUUAGGGUUGAUGAACACCGGAAAAGUUGUUUUGACUGAACGUUCGUUUUCGUCGUGAAUUUUAUCGCGAUUGUAUUCAUUAUUUUAGCAAUUAGUUUAUCAAAAUCUGCUUCAAAAUGACGAUCAGCAAGAAUAAUAAAAUGAUGCAACAUGUCAAUUACCGGAUCCGAGUGAUUCUCCAGGACUCUCGGACGUUCAUCGGAACUUUUAAAGCUUUCGACAAACACAUGAAUAUUAUUCUGGGAGACUGCGAAGAAUUCAGAAGAGUGAAGCCUAAGUCAUCGAAACAAGCCGAAAGAGAGGAGAAACGAGUCCUAGGGUUCGUGCUCGUUCGUGGUGAAAAUAUAGUUUCAAUGACUGUAGAAGGACCGCCUCCCCCAGAAGAAGGGAUCCCCAGAGUACCCAUUCCCGGAGCAACUCCUGGACCCGGAAUCAGCAGAGCAGCCGGGAGAGGAGUUCCAGCUGCUGGUACUUCAGUUCCCAUCGGACUACAAGGUCCUGUACGAGGAGUUGGAGGCCCUUCAGCUCAGGUUAUGACCCCAGGAAUGCCACCGCGACCCGGACCACCAAUGAUGGCAGGACCACCACCUCCAGGAAUGAUGGGCAUGGGUAUGCCAGGACCAGGAAUGAUGGGCCGAGGUGCUCCUCCCAUGGGUGGACCCCCAGGAAUGCGACCUCCUCCACCAGGCAUGCCCCCUCGACCCCCCUUCAUGUAAAUACACACCCUCCAGACUUGUAAAUAGCCGCUGUCAGGAUCAGACAAUCUGGUAAAACUGGGUCAUUUGUCCCUGCGAUCUUUCAUGAACAUUUAUUUCUAUCUGUGAGCAGGUAUUUCUCUAGCAUAGUGCAUAUUCCCAGUUGUUUCAAAAUCUGAAACCAAGCAAACUAUAAGCAAAUUUUAUUUCUAUCUGUGAAGUCUGUUUAAAACUUGGGAGAAGUUGACUCGUAGCAAUAUAAAAUGGGUGACUCAACCAGAAUGGUUUAAUGGAAGACAUCAAAAUUUCUAAAUUUAAAACUUUCUUUGUCUAUGAGUAGAAACCUCUGGCAAAUGAAUUUAUCCGCAGUCACUGUCAAAUUUUAUUCAUGCUUUGAUCUCUUGAUUUCUUUUUUUCUUGGAAUCUGAGAUUUUUUGUUCUAAUGUUCUUCAUGCCUCCAUUUUCAAGCUGAAAUUUCUCUAUAAUGAUGUGCUAAGUAAAAGGUAUGUGUACAGUUCUCUUCUUUCUUUGCAGGAUAUUUUUAAAAAUAUGUCUAAAACCAUGCAAACUCUGUAGGAAUUCUAAACGUACCCAUGGUUUAGGGUGAAUAUAUUCCAGAUGUAAAGGAGAGUUUGCUUACUUCUGAUGCGAACUCAGUUUGAGUAUAUCUGCAUUUAAAUUCUAUAUCAGAUUAAACAUUCUAAAUGUUGCUUCGUCUUGCAUUUUGUUAGAAUGGAGAGUUAAACACCUUGGACUCGGAGAAAAAAAUGAUAUGAUGAGAGAGUGCAUGUUUAUUUUUAAAAAAAGGUUGGAACCCUUCUGUCAAUGACCCAUCUUUAUGUAAAGCUAGCUUAUAACUUGUGGGAAGUGUGAAUGGUUUCUUAAGUAAGUUCCAGAAGACCAGUCCAAAAAUACUGCCAUGAUUGAUCCUGAUCCUCUUGCAGUCUGUGAUCACUGCAUCUUGUCGAUCGUUCACUUAUUUCAAACCUAGGAUUUUUGUAUGGAAAUCUGCCAGAUCUCCUCAGUUUUCUCAAGUACUAUUUGUGUUGACAAAAUUUUUUCAUCACUACGAUUUUUACCAUCAUCUGUUUUUAUUAUCUUGAAGAUGUAUCUUAGUUUGUACAGCAAGGAAGGCGCAAAUUAUGUUGCAUUUACUUUUUAAUAAAUUAUGAUCUAAGAUACAC